AUGGAGUUUAUGUACUCUGAGAAGGGUAUAAUUUUGCAUAACCUGAAAUUUGAACUUAAGCUUCUGAAGAGAUUCGAGUUGUUGAACUGUAAGGCUGUUGUCACACCUGCAGAAACAAAUCACAAAUUGGAUUUUGAUUCUAAAGGUGAUGAUGUAGAUGCUACAACUUUCAAGCAGUUGGUUGGCUCUCUGAGUUAUUUGUGUAAUACUAGACCCAACAUUUUCUAUGCAGUUGGAAUAGUUAGUAGGUUCAUGAAUAAACCAAAGUGGUCUGAUUACCAAGCUGUUGCCAUGAUCCUAAGAUAUAUUAAGGGAACUCUGAAGUAUGGAGGUUUAUUCCCUGUUGAUGAAAAGUCUAAUUCAGAGUUGAGGUGGUGUGGCUUCAUGUCAAGCUGUUUGACAUUUGAAUUUACUACAGGAUCUGAAGAUCAAGUUAAACAAGACUGUGAAGUUGAUGAUUGA